UCGGCGUUUCCAUGGUAGCUGCAGCCAACGGGCCGCACCGAAAAUGAGCGCCGCCGCCGAAGUGGAGGAGCAGGUGGCGCGGCGCUACGAGAUCAAGCGGCGCCUCGGCAAGGGGGCCUACGGGAUCGUCUGGAAGGCCGUCGAUCGCAAGACGGGCGCCGUCGUGGCCGUCAAGAAAAUCUUCGACGCCUUCCGGAACCGGACCGACGCUCAGAGAACCUUCCGGGAGAUUAUGUUCCUUCAGGAAUUUGGAGAGCAUCCAAACAUCAUCAGACUCUUGAAUGUCAUCCGAGCUCAGAAUGACAAGGACAUCUACCUGGUUUUUGAGUCUAUGGAGACCGACUUGCAUGCUGUGAUCAAGAAGGGAAAUUUACUGAAAGAUAUUCAUAAGUGUUACAUCCUGUAUCAGCUGUUAAAAGCCACCAAAUUCAUCCACUCAGGAAACGUCAUUCAUAGGGACCAGAAGCCUUCAAACAUCCUGCUGGAUGCAGACUGCUUUGUCAAGUUGUGUGACUUUGGACUGGCCCGUUCCCUGUGCCAGAUCCACCAGGAUCACGACAGCCCUGCCCUGACGGAGUAUGUUGCUACUCGCUGGUACCGGGCCCCUGAGAUUCUGCUUUCCUCUCACAGCUACACGAAGGGUGUGGACAUGUGGAGCCUGGGCUGCAUUUUGGGCGAGAUGCUCCUGGGGAAGCCUCUCUUCCCUGGCACGUCCACAGUCAACCAACUAGAGCAGAUCCUGCGUGUUGUUCCUGCUCCCUCCCCAGAAGAUGUGGCCGCCUUCCACUCCGACUACAGAGCCUCCAUUAUCGGCCGACUGAGCUGCCAGCCACAGGUGGCUUUUGAGGAGCUUCUGCCCACCUCCACCCCCACCCAAGCCCUGGACCUUCUGAAACGGCUCCUGGUAUUCAACCCCGAGAAGCGACUGACGGCGGAAGAGGCAUUGGAGCACCCCUACAUGCGACGGUUCCACUGCCCCGGCAAAGAGCCUGCUCUUGACUACAGUGUGGUCCUCCCCCUGGAUGAUGACGUGCAGCUCUCUGUGGCUGAGUAUCGCAAUAAGCUCUAUGAGAUGAUCUUGGAAAUGAAGGCCAGGAACCGCCACCCUCAGAAGCAUCAGCAGCCCCAAAAUGAGAACCUCCAGCCCAGUCCCCCUCUCAAAACGCGCUGUGAGGCACAAGGAGUGUCACCGCCCCUCCCGUCAAGGGGCUCCCCCCAGUUGUUGGCACCUUGCGAAGCUUCCCAGCAGAGGGCGAAGGAGACCAGGAGCCUUGGCCGCAUCAGGCCAGGGACCACACACACCCUGUGCAGUCCCAUCACCCACAUGACCAGCCACGCACAUAGCCUGGCUCCCAGCAACAUGGCCAGGAAUCGCUCUGCACCACUCCUGCAGCAGCCGGCUGCUGCCCUCAGCCAGAAAGUGGGGAAGCAGGCACUCGCCGUACUAGCCAGCAGCCCACCCCCUGCAGCAGCUCCUCAGACUAUCCAUGUUCAGGUGCCCAAACGCCUGGAGGUGGGGAGAGGCCAGGCAGCCUCCUUCCCCAGGCCCCAUUCACUGUGCGCUCAAGCCCAGGAGGCAGCUCUUCACCACCACCUGGUGAGGAAGGAGGGCUCCCCCAGGAAGGCAGCUGCUGGCCUGAAUCCAGGGAGCUCCGAGAGCCACAGCAGAGAAGCUCGUUCAUUUCUUAAGCCCAGUAAGAAGAUGUUCCGGGCUACAGCAAACGUGGGAAUGGCUGGGGACCCAAAGGCCUGCCUGGGCAGUUACUCCCAGUCCUAUGGGACCAUCUGCAAGUCUGCUCUUCAGAAACUGCCUGUAUCAGACACUUGCCAGCAGGCGAUAGACCACAACACCCAGCAGCUUUGACCUUCCUAGCCCAGCUCAACCUGCUCCCAAACUGCAGAGCCAAUCCUGCAACUGCCCAGGGCCUGAAAGGCAGAGGGAGGGAAGACGGGCGACAGUUGAGCGGGGUGCACUUGCUGCACCACAGUCUCUGCUCCCCUGCUUUUCUUCACCAUUUCAAGCCCUGGGUGUGAAACCACUCUAAGAACCACCAGAGACAGAGAAAGUGCUGGGUGAGACCCCUGACCCACCUCCCUGUGUGCCUUUUGGGGUCUUGGGCCACCUGCCAACGCCUUUCUGCACUCUCCUCUCUGUGUCCAUGGCUACAGCCUGUGGACUUAUCCUUGUAAGGGUUUUUAAUAAAAUGAGUCUUUUAAAAACAUUUUAAAAGAAUCCAUGAGAAAGGACUCUUUCUUGGUUAUCUGCUGUAGAGGGAAGUGAAUGGAAUAAAUACAAUAAUUUUGAUUUCUGCUCUAGCUGCCCCCCACCCGCCUGCAGCAUUUCUGGGUGUUGCUGCAUCUCGAUUCUGAACUGUUUGAGUGUGUGCAGAGGAACAAUGUCCAGGAAAAAACAUGCCCCAAUAGUGAACCACAAAUUUCCCACAGGAAAUCAAUUGCUCCUCAACUAUUCGUAGUGUCAUUACACUGAAUUUUCUUUAUAAUUGUUAGCUGUUUGGUUAUUAUUUUAAUAGAAAAGCAAGGUACGAGUAAUUCAACUAAACUGAGUGUGCUCAAAGUGUUUUGCACACUCAUGGG